AUGUUUCCCCAAAAACAACCAUCGGGUGCUCAAAAUAGAAAACGAAAAAGAAAAGAACAAGAAGAGGCUAAUCAAUUAAGAGGGUCUUUGAAUAAAUAUUUUGUUAGAAAUCAAAAUUCCAAUGAUCCGGUUAAUAAUUUUAAUGUUCCACCUAGUACUUCCAAUGAUUCGGUUGAUAUUUCCAAUGAUUUUGAAAAAAAUGAUUUUUUUGAUAAAGAUAAACCAAGUGAUUUUAAUAUUUUUGAUCCUAGAGUAUGGGAUGAUUUAGAUUCAAAAAUGAAAGAUUUACUAAUAGAAAAAGGGCCAAAUAGAGAAGUUGAUACCAACACAAUUUUUCCAAAAGAUUCACUUGGUAGACAUUUUUCAUUUGAUUUUUUCAUUCGGAAAUUAAGAAAUGGUGAUUCUUUUGAUAGAAAAUGGUUAGUGUAUUCAAAAGAACUUGAUAAAGUUUUUUGUUUUUGUUGUAAGUUGUUUAAAACUAUUCGAACUAAAAGUAGUUUGGCAACCGAAGGAAUUAAAGAUUGGAAGCAUCUUAGUGAAACAUUAAAACAACAUGAAAAUAAUCCCGAUCAUAUGGAUAAUUUAAGAACAUGGAAUGAAACGCGAAUUAGGUUAAAUAAAAACGAAACAAUUGACAAAGAAAUUCAAGAAAUGAUAAAAAAAGAUACCGAACAUUGGAAAGAAGUUAUGGUUAGAAUUAUUUCUGUUGUAAAAUGCUUAGCAAAAAAUAACUUGGCUUUUCGUGGUACAAAUGAAAAAUUUUAUGAAAACUCAAAUGGCAAUUUUUUAAGUGUAAUUGAAUCAAUUGCGGAGUGGGAUCCGGUAAUGAAAGAACAUUUUCGAAUGAUUCAAGACAAAGAAACACAUAAUCAUUAUCUUAGUCAUAAAAUUCAAAAUGAAUUAAUUGAAAUGUUAGCAUCCGAGGUAAAAUGUGCAAUUAUAAAAAAAAUCAAAAGGGCAAAAUAUUUUUCUAUAAUUCUUGAUUGCACUCCGGAUGCUAGUCACCAAGAACAAAUGACUUUGAUUAUAAGAUGUGUAGAUUUGGAAAAAGAUACAUCCGGUCUUGGUCUUUUUAAUGUUUUACAAGAUGCCCUAAAAUCUCUUGAUUUGGAUAUUAAUUAUGUUCGUGGUCAAGGGUAUGAUAAUGGGGCAAAUAUGAAAGUUAUAUGGUAUGAUAUUUUGUACAAAAUUAAUUUGGUAAGCAAAAAGUUACAAUCCAAAGAAAUGCUUCUUGAUGUUGCUGUAAAAAAUUUAGAAGGGUUAAUUAAUUAUUUUGAAGAAUAUAGGGAAAGUGGGUUUGACUUUGCUAAUAGUGAAGCAAAAGAAAUAGCAAAUAGUGUUAAAAAAAUGUUGCCGGAUGAAGCAUACAAAAGUCGAAGUCCUUGGACAUCUAUUCAAAUAAUGGAGUAUGCAAGAAGAAUGGAUAUGUUCCCUAAUGUGUUGGUUGCAUAUAAGAUAUUAUUGACGGUGCCGGUUAUGGUUGCUUCCGCGGAAAGAAGUUUUUCAAAAUUGAAGCUUUUGAAAUCGUAUCUCCGAAGUACCAUGACUCAAGAAAGAUUGAAUGGAUUAGCAAUUUUAAGUAUUGAAAGUGAUUUUCUAAAAAAUAUUGAUUAUUGUAAAAUAAGAGAUGUUUUCGCUUCAAAAAAUGCGCGAAGACAUCGUUUUAGGUGA